CAGUUUUCUGUUCUCGUGCAAUCAUGUCUGGACGUUUAGAGCUUUUACAGACUUUAACAGGUACUAGCAGACGAUUAGUGCGUCGAAUUUUGAGAUAUAAUGACACUUGUUGAAUAGCAACCAUCGCUUGACACAAGGGUUUAGGACUUUGGGACAGAACAUCACAAACAUGCGUUGAUUGUCUGUUGUUUUUUGUGUCAAUCUAUCGGUCCUAUCCCAGGAAGGAAGGUGAACAACAGAACGUGGAACGAAGAUUUCGUGCAAGGUCAAACGAGAUCUACUUGAUUGAGAUGAUAAAAGCUGAAUGCUUCGUUGUACUAAAUACUCGACGAAAUAGCGAGGUUUUCUAUAAUUGCUUCAAGGUUUUUGUUUGCUGAGGUUUAUAUUAAUUUAUACUGUAUGUUUUAAAACUGAAAGAGAAAUCGAUGUCCUUACUUUCUUUUCACCUCUUUUAGUUGUCAAGACAGAUAAAUUAAUAACGUUGCCUUUUUCUUUCCUAACAGGUCAUGAAGACAGAAUAUGGUCAUUGUCUUGGAACCCCUCUGGAACUCUGUUAGCAAGCUGUAGCGGGGACAAAACCAUACCAUUCUACUUUAUACCAUGACUCUUAAAAUAAGCACCAACCCUUUUACACUCCACAUAUAAUUUAUGCCUUUGUAGCUAAUCUCAGAAGGAUUAAGAACCAUCGCAGCCUUUGCAAAUUUUGUGCAUCAUUGUUACAUAGCUUUCUCCUUCUAAGAUUGAUGUCAACUCAUUCUGGCCUAAGAUAACUCUUCUCCCUUAACCUUUAGCUCUGUUUAAUAUUGCUAUUUCCAGUUAUUUUCACUGAGAUUUUGUUCUUCUUUGUGCUUAAAAUUCAGGUCUAGAUUUAAAUGACGAGUUUUGUUGUUUGCUUGAUUUCUUUUCUCAUUCUGAUUUUUUUUGAUGAACACAUCCGUCUUUGGGGCAAAGAGGGUGAUCAGUGGGUGUGCAAGACAAUUCUUGAAGAUGGACAUCAGCGGACCAUCAGAUCAGGUGAGAAACUUAUUAUAUAUUCAGCAUGUUAUGUAAAUCACUAUGUCUUGUAGUUGCAUUGGUCAGUUGCCUGUAUCAGUAUGUGAAUGCUGAGUUUCAUGAAUUGUAAAAGUCAAAAUCACUUCACUCUCAUUAUUUAUAUAAUUUGAUGCACAUUUGAUAAUAUAUGCACAAAUCAUGUAAUUUGCAUAAUAUAAGUAAUACAUUUAUUAUUAUUAUAUCUGAAUAGAUAAAUGGAUAGCAGUUUGGUGGCCAUCUUAGGAAGGGGGCGGGGUUAUGUACAUGUAUGUCUCUUGUCUAAAUUUGCAAAACAGGUAUUUUGCUUAAGAUGGCCAUGUCCUUUUUAUAUUGAGCCAAUCUUUACGUUGUUUGUCAUCAUUUCAUCUUGUCUUAUAUUGCUGUUUCAAGGCCAUGUGUCGCUUGUCGAAAUUUUACCCUAACUGGGCCUCAGUAUGCUAGCAUGCUGUUGUUCUUGCUGUGCAGUAAGGGAAAAAAUAUUUGAGCAUGAGACAGUGACAAUUAGCAGGGCUGACGUGCUAUAGCCAUUUCUAGUGGCCCCUGGUACCUUUCUUUUAUUCUUGGGCAAAUAGGAAAUCUUAGUUUUUUCAUAGAAAUCAUAUGCUGGGCACCCUGGAUUUCACAAAUUCAGAGUACUGGGCUCCCUUCAAUUUUUCCAAAAGCAGAGCCUUGCUUAGAGUCUGAGGUGAUUUUAUUUAACACUCCAGAUUUGCAUACAACAGUUGGUCUUUGAAAAAUGUCCAACUGAAAAUUUUCUUAUUUGCAAUGAACCCUUUCUGUCGUCUGAUAUGAUGUCAGGGAAAUCAUAUUGCAAAGACUGCCAUUUUGAAGCUUAAGAUUUGCAUGAAUAUACAGUGAUUAAUGUCUGACAUGUCUGGUUUCUCUGAUUAUAAAACUUCUGUCUAACAAUGUGUCUAGUUUCUCUGAUUAUAAAACUUUUGAUGUGGCAGGACACAUUCCAUUCCAAAAAUAACACCCAUUUGUAGCCCUGACAUCCUAAUAAAAAAUUAAAAACAAAUUAAAAAAAUAACAUGCAUUAGUGACAUGACAACACAGCCAGUCUUGUCUAGCUCUGUCGUAAUGAUGAAAAUGAUGAAUAAUAACUUGCAUCAUAAUGACUAUAUCAUACUUUAUCAACUCACUUUGACUCUGAAGAUGACUACCGCACAGGUUGUCAAAAUGUCAGUCACUGUCAAUAACAACAGUCCUAUUCAGGACUACGUUCACCCAGACGAUCAAACUCAACCUACUUUUGAAAUGACCCCUGGGUUCAAACCUUUCACACUACAUGUAUAUCAUAGCGGGGCUCCCGCGCGCGCGAAGCGCGCGUGGGACAGAGCCCCAUACCCAUGGAAUAUGGUCAACCUCUUUUCGUUUGGUUGUCACGUGAUUGACCGAGCGUACGUACAUACGUACGUACGUACGUACGUACGUACGCGUCUUCAGAUUGUAUGGGUGGGGUAGGGGAGACUAUCAAAAGGAAGGGAGGGGUGUCUCAGGCGUGUCUUGGCAAGUCCACAUCUUUAAUAUAGGACAUUAACAAUAUGGUCAAUUGACAGCUGUCCAAACAGGAUAGCCACUGACCAGUAUCCCAUGACCAUAUCGCGGGUUCAUGUGUCAACUCAUCGAGGUGACGUGAUUUAUUUGGAAGCUGUCCGCUGACCAGUUAACUGUUUUACUAGAUCGCGAACAACGUUCAAUCUCAUACUUUUACUAGUUUGGGAGCACAGGAAAACUGAUAAUGCACACAUAUUGGACAUCAAUGUUUUGAUCAAUUGACAGCUGUCAAAACAGAGUACCCGCUGACCGGUAUCACUUGACCGUAUUGCGGGCUCAGGUGUCGACCCGUCGAGGUCAAGUAUUUUUUGAAGUUAUCCGCUGACAAGUAAACUAGUUUUCAAGUGAUCGCAGGCUCAAGUUCAAUUUUUUUUUCUUAAUUCAUAUGAAAUAUGUUGUGUUUAUGUGCUGCACAAUUAAAAUUUUGAUUGCAAACUGACCUCGGACGUGAAAAUUCAGCCAGCUGUUACAGGCAGGGAAGACAGUUGCUUUUGUUUUUUCUCACAAUGGUCACGCGUUGGUCACGCUCUACGUCCAAUUUUUAUGCUCUGAUUGGUCAAAAUUUGACAGGUGAGUUCAUGCGCAAAAUUUAUGCAGCAUCUUGAAUCUUGUUUACUUUAACAGCUGAAGCUGACAGAGUUUUGUGUCAACUUGUGAUGUUUUUAACUGUCUUUUUUUCCACUGGAUGUACAAAAUGAAAUUCAGCUGCUAUCAGGAGUCUUCUGUUACUCAUGGCUAGUUUGUUUAUUGGGUUUUUGGUUGAGAAAACGUCCGCUUGUCAAAGUCGGAACCCGAUUUCGGAUGGCAUCGUUUUUCGUUUUCACCUUGCUUGAUGCGUAAGAGGAUUGCAAAGUCUGAAGCGAUACUGGCUUUACCUGAUAACUUUCAGGAGCUGCAUCUCGAAUGGUAAGCCAGAGAAAUUAUUGUAUUUCAUGUUUGUUUUUUGUAUCUAAUUUAAUGAAGUGGAGCGUAGUUUAUGCGGGAAUUUAGUUUAUGCGCGUUUGUAAGAUUUGAGACAACGAUCUCACCGAUCUGGUUUGAUAUAAUCUUACAGAACUUUAAAAAGCGUUUAGACAGUUUCUCACCACAAAUAGAAAGAAAAUGUUCCAAAGAAUCUUUAGUUAUAAUUCCAGCCGGAAAAGAAAGCUUUGAGCGAUUUUCUUGCCUCGAGUUCGUCUUUGAAAAAACAAACACCGGGAAGCUGGCUUAAAACAUAAACUUCAGCAAACUUAAGCUUGAAGCUUGAAGAUUCAGGAUAUUUAGGGACACUUUAAUACUUGUCUUCCUGAAUGAAAAUUGUUGUCUCUGUUUAUGUUUCACCGAAUUAUAUUUCUUUUAUUGAUUGUUAGUAGUCUCUCUUGCAAUUUUAAUCGCUAUGCCGAUUGUUUUCAGUCGUUCAGUGAACAUCGCUUGCAGGAGUUCUCAAAAUGCCGCGUUAAACCAUCAAAUAAAAAUAAAACAUGAUAAAUUCUUUAUUAUCUUGGAGCGUAACUCUGUUAAUGUUCAUUCAAACACUACGCUACAGCUCGCACUUUCAAAAGUGAGAACCGGAUGGCCGUAUAGGUGAUUUUGGAAAAUUUUUUUAACAGUUUAUGAAUAUUGAAUGAGAGCAAUUUGUAUUGUGAAAUACUGCUUUCUGUCCAUGGUAUAAAAAGGUUGGUUUACACGCACCCAGAUUUGUUGGCAAGAUUUUGCAAAGUAAACUUGUCGAACGCCAAAACGUUGGCCUGGUUUUUUUUUUAAGCCUAAUUGAUCUACGGUGAUCAAUAGCCAUUACGGCUCUUAAAUGUGAUAAAAGAUGAUUACCAGUUUUUGAGUGUACAUAUGAGGCUAUCAACUCGAUGUAAGAUUUGGUUCACUCUUGGGCUGUUUGCAAAUUAUUUUUCUCUAAAAUCAGGUAGCCUUUCCCUCAAAAGUCGCAUAAAUGUGCUCUAAAGUUAACUGAAUUGUGGAAUUCGAAUACAAGUUUAUUGUUUAAUUUAAAUUAUAAAUUUACUAAUGGAAGCCUCGCUUUUAGCCCUGGCUAAAUCUAUAUAUUACCAUGAAAUACACAUGCAUGUGAUAACGGUACAGAACAUUACCGGUUACAGUAUACAAUUUAGUACGUGUAUUUCAAAUAAAUUGCUGAGAUGGAUACAUGAUAGUCUGUCAAUCAUGUGAUACUACAUGAUCCUUAUGUCAUUUAGAAUGUAGGAGUGCAUGAUUUAUUUUUAAAAAAACCAAACACACAGUUUGGUUUGGGGGAAGAGGAAGUGGUGUUUGCCUACUCUGUCAGAUCUGCAUAAAAAAACUUCAGAGAAUUUAGAAGUAAAAAUUUCUCCAACACAAAGCGGCAGGUAGCCAGUUUCCUGGACAAUUCAUUGCACAAUGCAGAGCCUAUCUUGCCUUCUGGAUUUCAAAGGCAGAGGCGCUUGUCAUUGUGAUCCCUUUUCUGGUCAGGAUACCAUAGAGACAAUGAAUAUUAAAAAGAUUGACUGAAGUCUUUUUCUCUGCAACGUUGGUUGUGGCCCAUGUUAAAACGCGACUAGCUGUGAGUAUGAGUAGGACCAAAUAGAAUAUCUUGGCUGACUAACAAAUGCUGUAUCAUCGGAAAAUAGAUAAUCAGAUAUGGUCAUCUGCAAGGCUUACUUCUGUUUUUCCAAAGUCUUGCUUUCUUGCACAUUGUGUCAAAAGCCUUUUUGAGAUCAACUUUGCACACAACGCUUCUGUUUCAGUUGACAAAGAGAGAAUAUUAUGUCAAUUGUAGUUCUCUGUCACUUGACGCAGUGACUUUCAUAAAGCACUCUAACUGCUGGCCUCUGCAAGUGCUUCAAGAUAAUGCAAGCCAAUGUUUUCCCUGUUACGCUCAAAAGGGAGUAACCUUGUUGUUGUUGUUGCAUCCGUUUCAUCUUUUAUAAUAUUUCAGAGAGUAAGUAUGAUCAUGGUUAUGGUGCAGUAAAACAUUCUCAUGUCAGCAGUAGAUUAGGUGUUCUAAAUCUAAAUGUCUGAUCAGCAAAGGGCAGUGUAGCAUCUUCAGCAGAUAGGUGCUGUGCUUGUGCUGUGUGGGCUAAAAAACCGUGCAGUGAAUUUGUGCUGGUGAUAAAAAAGAAUAGAGAAUGUUCAAAUGUUCAAUGGGGUCCGGCCAGGGCCCUCAAGGCAAGCUUGAAGGCCUCUUUGUUGGCAGCUUCAUUAAUUGUUUUGGGAAGUUCAUUCCAUUCUUUAAUGGACCUGGGAAAAAAGCUAUAUUAAUGUAUUAGUCCUGCAACCAGCACUUACAAAUUUUAGUGGGUUGUAAUUUCUUGUUUGGCAUUCCUUCUGUCUAAAGUAAUUUGGAAUUUCUACUGUCAGGGUGUCAUUUACGAUCCUGUACAAGUUUGUUAAUCUUGUUUGUUUCCUUCUCUGUUCCAAUGAUGGCCAUUUUAGCUCCCCUAGUAAACUUGUGACUGUACCCGGUGUGCGCUGAUUGCACUUCUUAACCAAAUUAGUCGUUCUGCGCUGGACUUUCUCAACUGAUUGAAGGUUCUUUUGUGUAUGUGGGUCUCACACCGAGCAUGCAUACUCCAAGUGGGGUCUAACUAAAGAAUAGGUCGCCUGUGUCUUGAGCUGUUUGGGGCAGUUAUGUAGAUUUUGUCUCAAGAAGGCGAGGGAAGAGUUCGCUUUCCCUGUAAUAGCAGAAAUAUGUUCAUUCCAUGUUUUGCUAUAUAAUUCUACACCCAGGUACUUGUGUUGUGUGACUGAUGUUAUGGGCUCUCCCAUCAUGGUAUAGGUGUAGUUAGCCACAUUGUCUCUGGAGUGAGUGACUCUAAGCAGAAAACACUUACUGGCAUUGAAAGCCAUCUGCCAUUUCUCUGACCAGACUGCCAAUUUGUCGAGGUCACUUCAAAGCACCUCGGCACUGUUAAUGUUGUUAACAACCCCAUAUAGGAUGCUGUCAUCUGCAGACAGUCUCAAUUCUGAGGUUAUUUUAAGACCAAUGUCAUUAAUGUACAGUAAGAACAUUAGUGGACCCAGGACAGUGCCUUGUGGAACUCCUGAUCUUACAGUCACUGGAGUAGACUGUGUACCAUUAACAACAACUGUCUAAAUUCUUCCACAAAGCCAGGAUUCUAUCCAUUUGAUCAGUUGUCCACAGAUUCCAUGGUGAUCUAAUUUCUUAAGGAGACGUUUGUGUGGGACCAUAUCGAAUGUCUAGGAGAAGUCCAGCAAUAAUACAUGAGUCUGUCUGCCAUGGUCUAAGUUUCUGGCUCGGUGUUCGACUAUUGUGAUUAGCUGGCUUUCACAUGAGUGGGCCCGGUGAAAUCCAUGCUGGUAGUUGACCAGUAGAUGAUGCGCAUCCAAGUGACCCAUAAUAUAAUGGAAGAUAAUAUGCUCCAUGAUCUUACGUGGCACAGAAAUCAGAGAUACUGGUCUGUAGUUGCCAGCUUCUUUCGUACUGCCUUUUUUAAACACAAGAGACACAUUGGCACAUUUCCAGUCUCCUGGGACUUGACCUGUUGUUAAUGAUUGAUUGAAUGUAAAUUGCCGAAAUGGGGCAAUUUCUUCCGCUGCUUCUUUCAGCACCCAGCGUGAAAUGCCUUCGGGACCAGUGGCUUUCUUUGUGUUGAUAUUCUUGAGCAGGGACACUAUGCCUUUGGUCUGAAAUAUAUUUGAAACACCAGUGCUGUCCAUAUCUCGAAUCGUGUCUACAUCCUCAAUUGGUUGCUUAGGGUUUUUUUUUUUUUUUUUUUUUGCUUAGGGUUUCUGCCUUAGCUUUGUUAUCAGGUACGUUAGUAUUGUCUUUUCUUUUGAACUUGAUAUAGGUCCAAAAUUUCUUUCCAAUGGGUGGUGACUUCUUCUUGUUUUACCAGUCGAGGAGACCUAGUACAUAGUUACACUGUAGGUGUUGAUGGAGGUAUGCUAAUAGGUGGUUCCUGCUUCAUUCAGCUUGAACUGUUACACUGGUAUGACAUCUUCGCCAGGUGCUUUGCCACUUGAAAGGCCAUCAGUUGCUCGGCUAUACUUGACUCCAGUUCUGUCGAUCUGGACAAGGUGGGAGGUCGGAUGGUGCCACCAAAGUGGCGUUCUACCGAGUAUAGCUCAGAUCAGUGUUCUCUCCAACAGUUCACUUCCUUGUUCUUGUCCUAAAUACUUUCAGCAGAUUUGGAUUUGAUAGGCGCUACUUUGUUAACUUGUGGUCUAAGAGCCACCUUGACUUUUUUGUAGGUGGUUUUUAUGGCACAUCUGUUAUCAACCCCCUGAUAUUCAGAGCAGAGCUUGUUCCAAUUUUUGCUAGCGCGUCUCCUUGAUUCCUUGUAUCUCCUGAGACUGUCUGCAAGAUGUUGCGUGAGACGGAUCUUUCUCGUUCGAACCCAGAGCUUCGCAACCAUUUGUCCAGUUUUGGUAGAAGGAAUUCAGAGGAUUCCUUGACUCGGUCUUCUCUGACUGAUCGGAUUUCCUUUCCCGAAUGUUUCCAGGCAGCGGCGUAACGUAAAUGGUAGUCCAUAGUUUCUUCCAUUCAAGGUCGUGAUGCUGGCCAGCAGCAGAUACUUUUGCUUGUUGACGUGCUUUGAAGUCGUCAAGCUUCAACCCCAAAUUACAAUGUUUAGAUAGAUCCCGCAUGUUAACUAUACAUGACUUGGGUUUCGUGGGAGGUUUUUCCAAAGGUUUUCUUUCUGGUCUUGACGUUUUUUAUAGGACCAGUGCAUCAUCAAUAUCGCAUGCAGCACUGACGUGUGAUCUGGCCUCUCUUAAUGAACUGUUGUUGCCUCUUCGUUUAAGAAACACACCUUGCCACCGCAUUCUCAUAGAGCCAGCAUAAAAGCUUACCUGACCUUUUUUGUUAAUGGAACUUUAACUAAUCAAUUAAUUCUUUGCUUGUAGAUCAGCAAUCACGGCUGAUCUAAGAUGAGCGGGUUAACUUAUAAGUUCUUUCAAACAUUUGAGGCUGGAAACUCUGUUUCUAUUAUUCAACUGAAACGUCUUCGACAUUAGUUUCGCAUAUUACUGUUUAUUUUCAAUCCUUUUAUCAAAUAAAUUUUAGGAUUUUACUGAAAUUUUGACUUUUGGCGCUCUUGGGAGUGAAUGGAUAACCCUUUAGCUUAUAGGACGAUUUCUUUUCGUAGAAAAAUGCAGUCACAUUCCUUGGGAUUAAGGAGAGUAUUCUUAAACUCCCGAUAGUUUUCUUCUUCAUCUUUGACUGCAUGGCGCACAAUAAAGCAGGGGAUACGUUUACCCUGACGUCUUCCCGCCUUAUACACCCCCGGCCGAGGCACAGGGAAUUUUAUGUAAGGAAGACUUCUGUAAUUUAUGCAUAAAACGAACACUUGGUUGACUUCAUCGUAUGUUACUGAAUCAUGCAGUCAAUUUGAGACAUUUUCGUAAAGCAGCGAUAGUUAACUGUCAGUAGUACACUUGACCUCGCGUCAGCCGAGUUUGAAACUUUACACAGUUUACUUAAGGCGUCACUGAUAAGUACUUCCUUGUCGAUUUGACGUGGUCCCGUGGACACAGUGUCAAUGCCAAUGUCUUCUACUUCCGCGUUUGCAGCUUUAAAUGCUUGGGCAGAAAGUCAACUUAGCUUCUUGAAAGCUCUUGAUGGACCUAAUUUGGACCUAAUUUGAGCGGUGGAAUUGAAACUUCAUUUACGUAGAAAUGGUACUUUGAAUGGUUUGUCUAAGUGCUAGUAAUAGAAUCAUCUAUUUAACAGUAAACGUUGACCUCAUUUAAGCUUUUUGUUCUUUGUUCUCACUGUCGGAGCUUAUUCUCACCGUCGCGUGCAAGCAACGCUCACCUAUGCCUCCUUAAUUGGGCCGUGGGGGACGGGGGUGGAGUGUUGUCUGAGACAGACGUUCUUGAGCCAAUCACCUAUCGCCAAUGGGGAAUAACCUUUCAUGAUUGGUGAACUUAAAUGCCCUGGAAAGUUUCCAAUUCUUAAGGAUACUAAGGGAGUGUUUGCAUGGGUAGACUACAAUGUGCACUAGAGCCUCGAAGGCCGCCUAACAACACAAAAGCAACAGUCAUCCAGAAGCCGUUCGCGCCGCUCUUAUCCCGCCCUCAACAUGGAUGACGACAGUAUUAUUUGCUGUUUGAUCUUAAUAUGUAUCAUCUCCUUUGCAACCGGGUUUCCAUCUGUGUAUUAUGGUCAAAAGUGCAAGAAUGCUGCAUUAAGAGCUCAGCGUAAAGACCUUUGCAAAAAUUUUUCUAAUGAUGCCUCGGCUCUAGCUCUACAAAUAUUUGGUUGGAUCUUGUCCAUUCCUUGGCUUGUGGCUCUGUGCUACUGUGUUUCGAAAUGUUGUCCUGGAGGAGUGGCAGUUGACAUGGAAGUCUAAGAUGCAACCUUUUUCCCAAACGUCACUGUUUAUUGACGAAGCGUGCAAGACAAUGGCGUGCUCCAUGGAAAACUGUGCUACACUGUAGCUUAAGACUGCAAAUUCCCGUGGAAGGAAUCUGAAAAAUGAAGUGCGGAAAAGAAAAGCCAAACUUUUUAAAUAUUAGGUGUGAAAUGUUAGAUUGAGCAAAACGUUUUUAAAGUGCAGUCGUGAUCGCAAUAGUACCCCCUAUUGCAUUUUCUUUUGUUUGUAUUUACGCUUGCAGUUCAGGCUUUUUAGCGCGGGAAACCAUCGCUUGCCGACCCGCCUGUUAUCGUAUCGGCUACAGUGACUGUGUUUUAUUGGAUAAAUUUGCGUGUAUAGGCAAUCUUCUUGGUACUAUUUGCGUGUAUAGUUGUUGUUUUCACUUUUCUAAAAUUUAUUUUAAAAAGUCCGUGUUAUUAAUAUAAAUUUCUGAGUGUACAAUUUAGUUCAUGGAGUUGAAUGUGUGUUCAACAGCUGUUUAUCAUGGAAUGUUUAUAAUGAUAGCUGUGAGCGUACAUAAAUUUGAGACAACAAGUAAAAGAUUGCUGCGUGGCAGAUGCUCCUAAGGGAAGGACGCGUUCUUCUGUUCUCCACGUAGAACGUCAGCCAAGUAAACGGUCGCCAAGCCGCUUUGGGAUCAAAUUACAGAGGAUCUGAUGUUAGGUAUAGUGUAAGAAAGCCAGUUUAUAGGGUGGUAGAGAAGCUACUUAUUGAAUUUUCGAGGUUAACAAAUAAACGACUUCCUGGUGACAUUUCAUGUAACAAAUGUAAAACAUUUUAACCAGAACUAGGGUACUUUUUGUUUCGUUAACCUGAGUGCGAGUGAAUAAACAUUCUCUUUAGGAAGUAUAAAGUGACUGUUGGGUUACAAUCUUGUAGAUAAAAAUGUUGAACAUGUUCUAUUGUUAUUUCCAUAUUUUAUGAGACCAGAAAACAAAUCAUAUAAAUUGUCUUCCGGAACGACCACAGUUAAACUGCAAUCACCUGGUUAGUUAUUCUCCUAGCAAGCACCGGGAGAAAAUUCAUAGACACGCGCGCGCGCUCUAUUAAGAAAUAACAACAAAAAAAAAAUAGUCGGCGCCUGCUGACUAGGACUUACAAAAAGAGUUACACUUCCGGGUUCCCCGCGGCGAUCAUCCGCAUGUAUAAAAUUAAUUUAUAUAUUUUUAUUAAUCCUUGAAAAGCCACCCUUUUUGUACUCGUAACAGUUUUAAUUGACAUCGAACAUCUUGCUCUAGGUGAAAAGGAAAACGUGUUGAAAUGUUUGAAAUGCCAGUGUAGUUUGCAACAUUGAUUUAUUGAUUUUUUACAGUCUUAUUAAUCAGGCCGGUAUAGUCUGGUAAGGAUGUUCUUUCUAAGAAAAAAAGAGAAGACGUCUAGAUGCAGUCAUGACGUCGUAUAGCGUUUUUUCUUGCAGGUUAACAUUUUAUAGUGUACCCUUCUCAAACUUUUCAGCGCCCUUGGUCACGAUGCCUGUAUAAUGAUUCUACAAUGUUUUGUAAUUCCCGUCAUAAAAGAUUACUGCUUGUAGAUAUAGUCAAAAUUAAGAAAAACUGUCUCCAAAACUGUCUCGUUCGUCAGUGGUGAUUAACUUGUUCUCAUCGGCUGUUUUGUAUGACAACCGUGGAAAGAACCAGUGAGGCACAGGCAUAUGCCGACAAAUAAUCAUAAUGAUCUUCGUGACUUCAGAAGAACUGUUCCCAUUUUAUCUUAAAGCCCUAUUUAUUACACGCCAGUGCCCUUGGCAAAGGGCUCCUUAUCGGUUAACUGAUCACUAUGCGAUGUGUCAGUCAAUUGAGCGACAUUGUUUGAAUUGAGGGCAUGACUCGGUGUCAGUAAACGACGCGUAACUACGACGUAGAGACAAAACACAACUAGAAGCAAGGCAAGUCUGAGCAACAGCUUUGUUCUCCUAUCAUGGACGACUGGCAGUUAGGGUGCUGUGCUUUUCUUAUUGUUAUCGUGUCUCUAGCGACAGGGAUUCCAUGCCUUUACUAUAGUUACAAAUGCACAUCUGCUGGAGAAAGAGCUAAACAUAAAAGUGAUUGCAAAAAUAUUCACAACGACGAUUCUGCUAAAGCUCUGAUGGCGUUCGGCUACAUCUUCUCCAUUCCGUGGAUAAUUGCUGUCUGUGGUUGUCUGUGCUGGCUCCAGGCCAACUGUUCAGACAACUCAGUGUCACCAUCGGAUAGACCAAGUGAGAGCACAGGCGGUACUGUCGUAUUUUGUGUACCUGUGUAGAGGAGUUAUCAGACUGACUGAUCCUGGUUUUCCACAAGAAUCUGACUUGAUCGGCUCCGUACCUUUCCUAACACGCUGUCUGUGUAUGUGACGCAGAUUGCGCUCUUAAAAUUGCGUGGGUAGUGGGUGUUUGCACAUUUGUGGUAUGAUGACCUUGAAAACAGCGGUGUCUGACAUUAGUGUUACCAAGAUGUCCUUUCACGGCGAAUGAUGUGCGGAUUUUCUAAAACCUUAAACUACGCGGAGAUAAAAAAAAACUUUGUGCCUUAUUUUCGCGGAAAACUGGAAUACUACUGGUCUUAAAAGUCUCAGAGCUAGAGUAGGAAAAAGUAACUUUGGGUAUAUACUUGCGCGUUUAUCGUAAGCCUAGUGAUGUCGACAUCAGCGUCUGCACAAGAAGCGAAGGACUGGACAUUUUUAAAUGCUAUUCAUAGUCUUUGUUAUUAGAAAUUCAUUUUAAAUCUCAUAUGCAUUUUGUUGUUGUUAUUGUUUUUGUUGAUGAUGAUGAUGAUGAUGACGAUGAUGAUAAUGACGAUGAUGAUAAUGAUGUUAGAGAAGUUUUCCUGUGUCGAUUGGUCUUUUACAUAUAUGAGGGUUAUCUUGAAGAUGUGAGGAUUCUUGAAACCAGAAUGUCUGGUUUGGGCGGACUUAAAUGAUGUGCUGUAUAUUUCUCCUGUCCGUCGGAACUUUUUGUGCUGUAGUUAAAAAAAAUGUAAAAGAAAGUGUUUGAGCCGAGAUGGAGCACAGGUCAGUGUAGUAAUUAGCUGGAAAGAUGAAGAAUUACAUUGUUGUGAACACUGUCAACACCCGUUUUGCGGACCUUCUCCGGGGACCCGCGAGUUGGUGUGCAGUCUUCAAUGGCGAGAAUCCUUAAUACAAGCGGGUUGCGUGUAAAAUUUUCUUAGGAAACAUUUGCAUUCCUUGAGACAGAUUGUGUGUUUAGAUUUAGCAUGUUAAGGGUUUAAGCGUAUUCAGGCAUUAAUAUGAAAUUAUUACUCUGUAUAGUUCAAUAAACAAGCAGGGGUAUCUCGCUAAACAGGACUGCGAGUUUAUUGAACUUGGUUUUAAAAGUCUUCCUUUUAUAUCUCUUCAUUUUUACCCAAUAAUCACUGAUUGAUUUGCAAGUGAUUUUUCCAAAGACCAUCGACCUAAGUACUUUGCAUGUAUCAUUAGCUUUCAACUGCACACAAUUGGUAUUUUUAAAAUUUUCUUUCAAAGUAUCUAUUUAUGCACCGACAUAUGAAUCUGCUGAUGAUAUGGAAUGUCGGGUUACUAUUUUAUGUUGAUGACUGCUGUUAAAAGAGACGACCAAGAAAACAUGCAGUUCCCUGUUUUUUUUUUCUCACGGCCCCGAUCCUCGAGGCACUGCGUAGUUCAAACAAGGAAUUUGUGGUUUGCUUACGAGAAUUAAGAAUUUUAUUGAACUCUAACUUUUGUGACUUUUAAUCUGCAUUUCUCGAUAACGGUUUGGAUUGGAUGAAUCUGAACCACUUUGUGUUUUUAAUGUGCGCUGGCGCUUGUUAUUCGUGACAAAAUCUGACCGGCUUAAUGGAGGCAAAGGUUAGCGUAAAUCGACUGCGAAGGAAAUAGAAUCUGCCUUACUAAGGGAGGGGUUUGUGAAGGUGAGAAACGACGCCAAAACAACAGUCAGCCGGAAGCAAGGUCUGAAACUCGGCUGUCUUAAAAUGGAGAGCAGUAUCCGGUGUUAUAUUUUUCUAUUCGUUACCGUUACUGCGGCGAUGGGGCUUUCCGAUUUCUUGAGCCCUUGUACCUGGUUUGCAAAGUCUCCAAAUCAGUAAAAUGCUGAAUGUGACGAUUAUUAAUUUUAAGCGCGGUCAUUCGGAACAAUACUUCCGGGUUGACAAACAUGUCUCCUCUGUUCUGUUUCAACUUAUUUCAAAGACGUUUAUUUAGGCUGCUUUCAUUUCUAGCCUAAAUGCAACGAACAAGACUGUUUACUGUCGGUAAAGAAUCGCAUGCAGCGUGUAACUAAUUCGGAGAAUCACGAUGAAGAACUUGUUAAAAGCCUUGGUGACCGAGGAAACUCAUGGUUAGCCAUUCGUGCACCACACGCAUAGUCUUCAGUGACCAUUAUCGACCGAGUACGGCAUUUUACUUUACAAUCGGCUAAACGUUUACCGUUGUAGAAGGCCAUGGUGGAUCAUUGGUUGAUACCUCAAUGCUAUGACAAAUUAGGAUAAGAUUAGAAAUUUCUAAAAUGUUUCUUCAUGCACUUGUAUCGACGAAGACGAAUAAGUACCAAGUUUGUGUAAAUAUACAUUUGUGUGACGCCACUUUAAAUUUCCUUAUGAGUUAGCAAGGGUUUCCUAAAAUAUUAUCGACACAUGAUCUCUUUAUUCUUCUGUACAAUAACUUGACAGUAUGACGUAGCUAGAGAAAGAAAACUAAUUACUGUCAACUCUGAACUGAGGUGUGAUAAAGUUAUUGAGAGGAAAGUGAUCGUGAACAUCUUGGUAGUAUUUUUGCGUAUUUGCUCCUAAAUGAAAAAUCCAUGAAACUGCUGUUUCCUGGUUUGUAUCCUUCUGAUUAUUGUUGAAUUAUAACUACUGACGGUGUAGUUAUAACAAUAGGACAAUUGCACGAUGACGACAUUUGACUACAACUACCAGAAUUCAAUUCGGUUUUGCUUUGUUAUUUAAAUUUGUCAAUCCCGCUGAGGAUUAAGGAACAAUAGCCUUAAUUUGCACAAGAAAACAACAAACUCAAGGAUUCUGGUAGUUGUAGUAAAAUGACGUCAUCGUGCAAUUGUCCUAUAGGUACUAAUAGCUACCUGUAAUGAGUAGAUGGCUGGAGAUUUCUUAGUGUCCGUGACAAAUGUUUAGUAAAGCCCAAAUUUCCUAAUCCCGUUAGCUUCCCUUUCGGACGCUUGCUAGGAUAGGCGGUCAAAGCAUGGCUAUGUGCGACAUUUGUUUUCCCCCUCCCCUUUCAAGGAUGAGAGAAAAAAUAUGAGAAUGCGAGGUUCGUUGCAACUGCUCUUGAUGUAAUAUAUCAAGCAUGAGACGCAGUGUUUCAUCAACUGCAAACACCGAGAAGAGAGUUGAGAAUACGACGCGCAGCGGAGUAUUUUUGACGAACCUCUAGGUGAUUCAUCUGGUGAUGAAACACUUUGUCGAAUGCUUGAUAUUACUUCUCAAACAAAAUGACUUUAGAAGGAGAAAUUAAGGAUGCAAAAAUGACCAGUUUUUCAUCUCAUUUCCAACACUCAUUAAACAUUAAUUUCUUUUGUAUUUUCUUUAUGAAUUAUUAAUGAGUUUGAGGAGGUUGUUUGAUACACUGACGUGACUGACAUUUAUCUUCGUAGAUUAACAAAUAGCUCAUUAGAAGUAAACCUAGUAAUUGCAUACCCGACGCCAUUCUCGGGCGGGUGAAAACCUUCCAAGCAAGUAGCCAUUCAGAAUUGUAUUGCGCGAAACGGUCACAUGGUACAAAAACACCUUGCUUGAGGGCAAACAACGCAAUGGCACCUUGAAAAGAAAUUAUAAUAGCUUUUUGAAUGAUGGUAUAUCUUUGUUUAUCUUUUUCCACUGAGUCUAGCCUGUGAGCAAGCUCUCCGGGGCGCUCUGGCGGCGAGGCGGGAAAAGGAAGGAGAGCUUGCAACUACGUCUCUGGAAUUUGAAUAUCUGCAUCGAAAAAGGCGAUGCGAAAUGCUGACUGGCGGAGAUGACAUUAGUAAUGACGUUAUUACCCUUGCCACGUGUUUUUUCAAUGUUUGUUUACGUUCGCGCUCGUUUCCGCUUCACGCUGAUUGGCGGAAAUCUGACAGCUCAGUCGAUCGGGAGCCACAGGGGAAUUGGAGCUGGAAUUCAAAUUCCAGAUACGUAGUUGCAAGCUCUCCUUCCUUUUCCCGCCGCACCGCCAGAACACCCGGGAGAGCUUGCCCGCAGGCUCCCCUGAGUCGUUUGUCAUUCAGCAAGGAGUUUUUGUUCUAUUUGACCGUUUCGUGCAAAGGACCUAUUGGACAACAAGUUCGCGUUUCUAUGAGUCACGCGCCAAGUUGACCAUAGUGGCCAAAUUCUUUUGUUACAAACCAGUUAGAAUACUACCCUCGAUUACCUAAACAUUUUUGAUGCGAACAUUUGAAAACAAGACUUUGUUUACCCAACUUGAAUUCACGAAAACGUGCUUUGUUUGUCCCAAAUAAACUACUUAAUCUUUACUCCUUAACGUUAAAAAAAGUUAAUUCUGUAUUAUUUUUGUGACCCUUCUUUCUAAGAGAACCAUUAAUUAGCAAGCUUCUUUUUAUUUAGAACCAUGACAAAAACGAUGCACUGUAAUACGCCACUUAGGAAACGAUGAUGGGACUGGGGUUAGAAUGUGUCCCUUAAUUGCUUCUGGGAUCGUUAUUAGGGACGCGCCGGUCUGCUGUUGGCCAAUUUUGUCGGUCCUCAGUAACAGUCCCAGGUCUUUCCGAAAGUUAACUCGUCCCAGUUUCCUUCUGGUUCCUAAACUGGCGAAUUGAACUUCUGUCUUUCUGUUUCAGUUGACUGGUCGCCCAAUGGAAUGUACCUUGCAUCCGCCAGCUUUGAUGCAACUGUAUGUAUCUGGGACAAGACCAGUGGAGGUAUAAACCAAACUAUGCUAUUUCUUUGCUUUGUUUUCCACAUCUCUACGUUUUGUAGUGAGAAAGGAAUAAUUCGAACGGGGGCGGAAGACAUGCUCGGCUUCUAGGGGUAGAAGAAAGAAUCAACGGAGUGGACUGGGGGCGAAAAUGUCCAUGGGUCAAUCUGAUAAUAAGAGCUCCGUAAGUACAAGAGUCCUUGUAACUGGAAAGUUGCUAACACUUGCGGAAACCACUCUUUAAUGUCCACGGAAAGCUACUUUAUAUCAACAAAUGUCAGCGCUUGAAAGUAAGGGAGUGUUUCAGUAAAAGCAGGAGUAUAGGCGAUUUCCCAGUAACCAACGAAAUUCCUCUUUACGUACAAAAAGGAUUAUAUUUGUUUUGGUAAGGUUAUUGUCAUAUCUUUUGAGAACAAACUAUUUGGAAAAUAAGCGGUGCUAGAAAGUGACGUGACACUGUUAUAAUUGCCUGUUAUCUGGACGGGAGGAACGCUUGACGAGGUCUGUAUUGAAUCUGCUAUGCUCUGCUGAUUCGGUUUGUGUACAAGGUUUCCGUUUUUUGUAGGAACACGUCGCUCAGAUACGGAGCUGUUGGUUGUCUACUAUUUCAUUACUCGGGCUUACCGGUGAAAUACCAUUUGGGAAUCGCUUUUACCGUUCCAUUUACAGAGAAACGUCUGCCAAGAGAGAAGUUAGUGUAAAAGAUAGGUUUUAAGAAAUGGAACAUGAAUUUUCGUGUGGUACAUUCCAACGGGGAAGAAGGCACUACCUUUAAAGACGUUCCCUGUUUCGGUAAUUUCCUGUACCAUUUAUCUUCCAAACUGAUUUUCCGAAACCCUCUUUGUCAAUGGUAAACAACCACUAUUUGGACUAAACGAACUGAGAAUGAUGUCGCAUUUCAGAGUUUGAAUGCAACGCAACACUUGAAGGACAUGAAAAUGAAGUGAAGUCUGUGGCAUAUUCACCGUCUGGAUCACUGAUUGCUACUUGUGGAAGAGACAAGAGUGUCUGGGUAUGGGAAGGUAGGCUGUUAAUCAAAUGAAUUCCCUUUAAAAGGAACAACUAGGUCACAAUUAUAGGUGGUUCUGUUUAUUUUUUCUUUUUUGAUUGUGAACUCUAUACCUGUAGAACCCAAAUCGGCAAAGAAAAGGUCUCAGUAGCUUUUUACUUGUGCGGAAAAAUGCAUAAACAUACGAAUAAAGAUACAUGUUUGUCUUAAGGGAAUAUUCUAAUUCUCUGGUUUACCUUUGCCCUACUUGCUAAGAAGCCGCCGUGUUGUUAAUAGAUUAAAUGUUGUCAUCGAUCAGCUGCAGUUUCUCAGGUGACUGCAAGAGUAUCCUCAUGCAACAAUUCGGCACUUUAUAAACGAGAAGGAAACUGGGCCGAGUUGAUUUUUGCAAAGACCCCUGGGACUGUUACUAGAGACAGGGACAAAAAUCGGCAGGCGCGUCCAUAGUAACUAUCCCAGAAACAAUUGCGGGAAGCAUGUCGGCCCCAGUUCCUUUCUCGUUUCUAAAGUGACGAAUAGAUGUUAAAUACGCCAUAUGAAGAAGAGGUUGUUUCUUUGCCCUCCUUGUGUGGAUGAAGCAUAUAUGUAAGAGCUAUUAAACACAGUUUUCACUGGAAAUUGGAAGAUAGGCCUAAGACUUCGGUUACCAUACGUUUGUUUGAUUCCGAUACCCGCAAGUCUCCAGUAACAUUUCAUUCUUUUGAGUGUUUUUCUUGAAAUGUUUUACAGUUCAGGAAGAUGAUGAAUAUGAAUGCGCAAGUGUUCUUCAUAGUCAUUCACAAGACGUAAAGCGGGUCACGUGGCAUCCACACAAAGAGGUCUGUCUGUACAAAGCUUUGUGCGAGCUGAUCUAGACAUAAAACGCUGCAGGCAGGGUUUACGCGAAGAACCCUGAAAAUUCUUGGGCACUAACAACCCGCUGCAGGAACAUUUGAAUUAACUGCCCCCGAUUAGUGAGAGUAUAUCUUGUCCCCAGAGCCGGAAAUUUGAAUUUUUCUUGGACUGGUUUUAUAAGAGAAACUUCUCUGAGGCCCUCUUGUCCCUCUUGUCCUCGUUAACUAUUCCUUGUCUUCCAAGGAUAAUUUGUACAUACAGCCACGUACAACACUCUCUUUUCUCUCAUCCUAACAUCACCAGAUCACGAUAAGGUGCUGGAAGGUAUCCAAUGGGUGCAAAAACUGUUAUGUUGUAGUUGACAUUUCCAUUUAGACUUUACAUCCUACACAGAACGCGUGCACAUCACUCUAGGUAUUUUUAGACGUUAUCUUCUUAUUCUUUCACCAAAACUAAGGUUGCGUUCGAUUGAUCGUAUUUCGGAAUAUGAAUACGGAACUGUUUUGUUGCAAAACUCUUGUACCGUCCUUUUUGGGCCAUUUAAAUGCUAUAAUCAUCAAAUAUCUUAUUUCAAGCAGAUUUCUUAGUUAUUGUUAAGCAGCGAACGCCAAAAUGAAUGAUUUCAAGAGUUUAUUUCAUUAAUUUAUUCUUAUUCUGGGAUACUGUUAAUCGAACACGCCCUAAAUUCGGCCAUGCCCAUGUAGUACCUUUUUGAAGUUUCCAUGUACUUAGCCUGGCUAAACACAAAACCAAAUCACCACCUUAGUAGAACAGCGCGAACCGGUGAGUCCGAUCUUUUAACUUGGAAUCUCAUUAUUGUAUGGUGGAAUAAAUGAACGCCAGUGAUGUCACGGCCUAUGUUCUUAAAUACAAAAUCAUGCUACAGCUGAAGGGAAAAUCUUCACAAACAUGUGGAGGUUAGUGUUAUUAGAGUAAUGUACGUGUGCCCGCAAGUUAGCACCUUAAUAGUAUAGGGUGCACCCGUAUGCCCAUCUUUUAAGUUGGAAUAAAUUAACGCCAUUUUCACGGAGUAUUUUCUUUAAAGCCAAAUCAAGCUAGAGCAGGAUGAAAAGUUCUCACAAACAUCUGUGGUGGUUAGUGUUAGUAGAAUAGUUUGCCUGCGUACUCCUUAAUACUGUUUGCACGGAAAGAAAUACAACUUGCAUAACUAGGUUGCCGGUCAACGACAAACGAGUUGAAGCGAACCUUAUCCCUGAAAUGAAGUAUCCUACCUCGCUCUGAUGAGCCUGUCAAGGAACAUUCCAGCUUAAUAGGAGGAGUACCCGUUGGGCGCUAUAUUACUCUCUUUCAUCCUUAAAAGGAAACUUCAACAGCAAAGCUUUCUUUUUGUUUUUAAUAUUCAAGCGUAGCCUAGUGCUUAAGCGUUUUGUUGACCGUGAAGCCGGAAACUGACGCCGCGUUCUCACAGGAAGCAUUGGUUGAGAGGGUGAGAGUAAUACCACAUCACCGCUCACGCUCGGAUUUCAGGAUUAAUCUUGCCGAAAACACUAAAACUUAUUAAAACAGGAUGAUGUGGAAGGAAUGGCCACCACAGGCAGACGUAACCGUACGAGACAAGAAUCGCUCAGAGAGAGUGCUCUAUAGUUAGUAAUUACGAGUUUAGCAUAACUGUCUAGGGUUUCUCUGUCGACAAUUUGUUAGUGAAAAGCUCUCGGCGAAGAAGCAGCAUGUGACUUGUUUGAUAUUCCAUACCGAUUCCACUAAAGACUGCAUAUGAAAACUUAAAUCAUUAAAAUGGGCCAUAUUCGUCUUGUAAGUUUAUGUCAUGGGUAACCGGCCCUUAUCUUGAUUUCAGAUUUUGGCAUCGUGCAGCUACGACGAUACAAUAAAACUUUACAAAGAAGAUGACGAUGACUGGUAAGUUAUUUCUUUACUGACAAUAUUUUUGGAAAGAUUUAAUUGUCACAACGCGUACAGGAUAUGCUUAUUUUUUGUCCGUUUUUUAACUGUUACCCGAGCAUUUUGCGUCUCGCAAGAGAGGAAACAUAGUGGCCACUCUGAACACGUGGCCAACUUAAUGCCCUCUUGACAAAGUGACCGUUAAAUAUAGGCCAAGACAAUAAAAAAAUAACUUGUUCAGACCAUAGGUUUGAUAGUAAUUAUGGGAACUGUUUUGCGAGACUUUAGUAAGUGAGCACAUAACAAAGGAUGGCCUUGUAAUACAGGCUUGACUGUGUCUUCAAUUCACUGAAUUGUCCCAAAAUUUUCAGCGGUUUCACCGCAAAUAUAUUUUUGAACAUUUGACGUCAUUUCCGUGAUUCAUAAGAGGGUUGUCAAUAGAAAAUUGUGGUCGGUUUCUUGUUAGUUAAGCAUGUGGUCUGAGGUUUGAUAAUGGUGACGAUGAUAACUGUGAGAGUAUAGUAAAGAGCAUUGAUAACGUUACGUUGUGUGUUCUUUUAAUUUGCAGGUCUUGUUUUGAUACUUUAGAAGGUCACGAGUCUACAGUGUGGGCUAUUAGUUUUGACAAAACUGGUGACAGAAUGGGUUGGUACCACUGAGGUUUCUGUUAGUUAUCACAGUCGCACGUUUUGAUAUGUGUAAUACUGCCUUAGAAUUGCUGUGAUUACAUUUAUUUGCACCUUUUUUUUGAAAGGAUAUAAACAACAGCUUUUGACAGAAAUCUUUUAACAAACAACAGCUGUCACUCAAUCUACCUUUGGGGUUCUUCAUGUAAAUUUUCAUAUUGUUUUUAAGUUAAACAUCGUUACAAGUCAGUUCUCUCGAAAAAAGAGUACACGUUUAAGCUUUUAGACUCUUUUUUCUCGCACUUAACCCAAAUCAGAUGUGGUCCAACGCCUUAACUAUCGUUUUUGUCAUUGUCAGAUGCAACUAAGAAGUCAAAAAUACUUAUAAAAGGGAAUCACGUCCUUAGGUGAAAAUUCUUUCAAUGUUAUAUUAAGGACAAAUAUAUUAUAUUUCAACAUCUAUUUCUUCACCGCUCAUUUAUUAUAACAAUCUGACCAGGAAGUGGCCAGAUAAGCUGGAUAGGAUCCGCAUUUUAACCAUUUUGGUUUAUUUCCUUUUCCUGUAUUUUUUUUUUUCAGUUUCGUGUAGCGAUGACAAAACUCUAAGAAUAUGGCAGUGUUAUGAACCUGGAAAUGAAGAAGGUAUUUGUUUAACUCUAUUACAGGGCGUGGUUGCAUUGAGCGCAUAAGUGCGAAUUUACUUCAACCGUUACCGCCUUUUCUGCAGAAGAAUUCGUCGUGCUCUCCGACUCUUGCGUUCAAUUCCCUAUACUAUCUUAUCCGCCAUCGGCCUUGUUAUCCGUGAUACCGAGCGAAAAAUCUUUCGGAACAAAGGAAAUGCAGCCGCAGCAAGUUGCGUUGUGCACAACAAACCCUUCAUAGCCAAAACAGAGUGUUUACCAUUCACUUCCGCAGAAGAGCUACGAUGUUAAGUUCUAUGAAUUUACUUCCCUCUUUCCUAGCCAUAUGCCCCAUUACUUUUACCACUAACGAUGGCAUUUUUUUUGCCUGUGUUUACGUUAAAUGAAGGUGUGCCAACCCACGGAAGUGACCCGAAAUGGAAGACAGUCUGCGUCUUAUCUGGCUAUCACGACCGAACCGUUUAUGAUGUUCACUGGUGAGUUGUAAUCAAACGUACUUUUCAUAUUCUUUAUUCAGUCUGUGGCCCGCUGUUCUGUUAACCUCAUGGUUGCAACCAAAAAACUAUUGUUUCCACGGUUCAGAUUUACUUUGUUGUGCGUUGACAACUGCGAUGUAAAAUGACGAAGUUUUAGGUUCUUUAGAUAGAGGAGGUGAACGGCAAGACGAUAUAAAUAUUCCGACGUGGUUCCCUCUCUUAAGCUCCAACUUACUUUCCCAACUAAUGCAUAACUGAACGAGUUGAAAUAAUCACGAACAAGCUUAGAAGGGUACGAAGCGAGUUUCCAAAGACAUUUUCACCAGUGUCACCGUUGUGCGGUAUCUUAAGGUGCCUACCAUUUCAAGAGUGACGAGUGAAUGACAGAUUCUGAAGACGUGUGAGGGUGUGGAUGUGGAGAAAAAGAGAGAAUCCUUCACUUCUUCAAAACUUCACCAUGUUUACAAACGCAAAGGCUUACAACAGUGCAACAGAUUUAUGGGAUCUGCCCAAGAUUUUGAACUUUUGUAAUUGUUUUUCUUAUCUUAGGUCAUUUGUCAUUGAUGCCAUAGCGACAUCUUCCGGAGAUGACUGUAUACGAAUUUUUCAACAGGUGAUUCACAAUCAAAUUGUUCUACAGAUUUUUUAUGUUUAGUACCUCGCAAUUUAGGAAGCUUUUUUUUAAAUCCCUACACUCGCGAAUCAUUCCUUUGCUGAACCCACCGAAACGUUUCAACCUUUGAUUCUUUUAACUACUAGGCAACUUCUUGAGAAAGAAAAACGAAAUAGUUCGAUACAGAGUUAUCUCGCAGACUAAUUAAUUACAGGCUGCUUUUUAUUUAUACAUUUAUCAAGGAGAUAAAUUGUUUAUUUAAUAUUCAUUAGGAUCCUUCUGUUGGUGACAAAAAUCAACCGACAUUUCACCAAGUGGCCGUUCAAAGAAAGGUUUGUAGUAAUUUCGUUUAUAUCCUGAGCAUAAUCCAGUCCAGCGUCUAUGACAACCUGACUAAAUUACUUUAUAAUCGUUUUAUAUAAGCUCUUACCCUUCUGGCCCCAGUUGUUCGGAAGGUGGAUAGCGCUAUCCACAAAAUAAAUCUCUAUCCAUUGAAUAGCGCAAUUAGUUUUCCAAAUAUUUAUCCACUGGAUAGUGAUUUAUCCAGUGGUUAGUGCUAUCUAUCUUUUCAACAACCGGGGCCAGGAAGUUUGCACGGUCCCCAUUUUUAUCUGAAGAGCUCGCUAUUUUGAUCACUUGUCUUCAAAAGAUAAUUACGAACUAGCUACAUCUUCAGCAAAAAGGGGGCCGGGUAAUUUCUUACAAAUUUCCGACGGGGUAACUUGGAUAUGUAAGAUUUAGAACAAUUUUACAUCUUCAAUGUCUUACGUCAGCAGCAUCGUCUUUUUAAACAAGUUUUUUUUUUCACUGAACCAAGUUGACCGAGAUCCUCGAAGGAGUCAGUCUUUCAUUUUUGAACUCGGCUUUGAAACGACUAGACGUAGCGUUUGGUUGUUUGCAAUGUUUAGUAGCUCAAUACGAUAUAUUAUCUGUUUUAUGAAUGACUAAUUACAGAAUAAAAAGUAUAAACCGGAUUCCUUUUUUCACCGCAUACAGGCACAUUCUCAAGACGUUAAUGGCGUGAAAUGGCAUCCUAAAGAAUCAGGUCUCUUAGCUUCAUGUUCUGAUGAUGGUACAAUCAACAUGUGGAGAUUUAUACCACAGGAUUAAAUGACCUUCAACUACAAUUCUGAUUAAUGCCUAGUACCCUGGAGAUCAUAGAUUCAAAUACGAGAUUGAUAGAUGAAGACCGUACGGAAAACAUUAGCCCGAGAUCGGGGGUAGACGCUGGCGACAUUCUCUGGGAAUGUGUUUUCAUACUCUAAGAAAGGACGAAGAAAUUCAGAACAAUGACGGUGAAAUGUAAGCUUUUUAGCGGGCAUUGUAUUUGCAAGUUUCGCAGGUCACUGCAAACAUCUCCGUUAGAACUCCCAAAUAUAAGAUCCCACGAAAGUUUCACGUCUCUGGGUUUUAUAUAAUAUAGUGAAGUAUUGGGGUAACUAAUACCGUUUAAAGUUUGGCGCCUGCACACGGUUUAGUAACCCUGUCCGACUAAUGAUCUGGACAGUUUUCUGCACUGACACUAUACUAGUCUGGUGAGCAGGGGGGGCACGAGGUAAACGAGGUGUGCCAGGGUGGAGGAUACGCACGAGGGGACGCGCACAUCCUCUUCCCUUGCGGCCGUCGCUCCUAUUUACGCCAUAUUCUUCUAUGCAUGUACCGUGCCUACGUUCUGGGAAAGAUAAAUGGGAAAUAUUAAAUGAAUGCGUAGUAUUUUUGGACCAGGAUUUUAUGGAC